AUGGCCGCAACUCCUGGCAUGCAGAAUGCGACUCUGCCCACACUCGAUAGGCUCGGGGUCAAGCUUGCUGACGAUGUAGACAUCGAUGCCCUCAAGAUUGCUCGAGAAUGGUUCUCUUCCUUCUCUCAAGCCAUCCAAGCUGGCUCUGUCUCCGAUGUUCUUUCCCUUCUCUUAGAUAACGGUUCGGACACUUGGUGGCGCGACAUCAUCUCCCUCACGAACGACAUUCGUACCUUCUACGGCGAAUCCCUCCCCCAGUUCCUCUCCGAUCGCGUCGUGGGCUCCAGUGGUCAAUUAUCCGAAUUCAAACUCGAUGAAUCAUCCAUAGCGAUAGAGCGCCCAUACGCCGAUAUCGUGUGGAUCCAAGCAAUGUUCACUUUCCGAUCACCGACCAGAAGCUCCUCAGGCAUCUUCCGCCUCGUACCCACCUCAUCCAUCACAGGCUCCUGGCUCGCUCACUCCAUCUUCACCAACCUCGAAGGUCUCAACGACUUCCCGGAACAAAUCAAGGAUCUUCGCGAGCAGGCCCCGAAUCACGGUAAAUGGCAUGAGAAGCGCAAGAGGGAGAUCGAGUGCUUGGACGAGGACCCGAAGGUGAUCGUCGUUGGUGGCGGACAGGCUGGGCUGGAGAUCGCUGCGAGGCUGAAGUAUCUGGGUGUCAAGACGCUGGUAGUGGAGAGAGAACCGAGAGUGGGAAACUUGUGGAGGAAGAGGUAUGAGGCGUUGUGUUUGCAUGAUACUGUUUGGUACGAUCACAUGCCCUACCUUCCUUUCCCUCCGACUUGGCCUGUAUUUGCCCCGGCUCCAAAGCUCGCAGACUGGCUAGAAAACUACGCCCACUCUCUCGAACUCGAUGUCUGGACCUCCUCAACCAUCCUCUCAUGCACGCAAGAUCCUACGACCCAUACAUGGUCCCUCAGCAUCUUACGCCCCGAUGGGACCGUACGAAAAUUUGAAAACAUCAAGCAUCUGGUGAUGGCGGUGGGUUUGGGUGGUGGAGUCAUGAGGAUGCCGAGCGUGGAGGGGGCGGAUGCGUUCUCUGGCAAGAUCAUGCACUCUGGGCGGUUCAAGACUGCGAAGGAACAUAUCGGGCAGAAAGUUGUCGUCGUCGGGGCUUGUACAUCUGCACAUGAUAUAUGCCUGGAUCUGAGUGAUCAUGGAGUCGAUGUGACGAUGUUCCAGCGAAGCUCGACCUAUGUCUUGUCCACAAAACACGGGGUGACAACUCUAUUUGGUCAAUACUACAGCGAGAACGGACCCCCGGUGGACAUUGGCGACCGAUUGAAUGUGUCUUUCCCAAACUACUUCGCCAAGCUCUUACAUCAGAGGCUGGUCCACGUCAUUGCGGAGAAGGAUAAAGAGACUCUAGAUGGUCUUAGACGAGUGGGCUUCAAACUCAACUGGGGAGAACAGGACGCGGGCUUCAUACUUUCAGCCUGGAAUAAAGCAGGGGGUUAUUACCUCGAUGUUGGGGGUAGCCAAGCCAUCAUCGACGGGCGUAUCAAACUGAAGUCUUCAGGCCAGAUCUCACGCUUCAUAAAGAACGGCCUGUUAUUCGAUGACGGAAGCACCUUAGAUGCAGACGUUGUUAUCUUUGCCACCGGCUACGGCGACACCCGCGACACCUGGCGUAAAAUCAUAGACCCGGCUACCGCGGACAAGCUUAAACCAAUUUGGGGAUUGGACAAGGAGGGCGAGAUUCAGAGCGCAUGGAGGGAUUCAGGCGUCGAGGGACUUUAUUGUAUGAUGGGGAAUCUGGCGCUGUGUAGGUUCUAUUCGAAGUCCUUGGCGCUGCAGAUCAAAGCGAUGGAGGAGGGCAUCUUCGGGGAGAGGUAUUCGAUUUAG